CUUUAGUCAUUAAAUACUUUGCCAGUUGGGUUCGCUGAAGUUGAAGAGUGAAAAUCCUUUUACAAAGUGUAGGCUAAGAGGAUUGUUAAUGGUUUUCGUUAUAAAUAAAUAUUGUGAAGAAUGGGGAUCUUCAACCCUGACUCACUUCAUUCAAGAUUUUGGGGUCUAAUCUAAUACCUAAUUGAUUCGACUGAUGGACCCACUCAAUUAUCCAAGUUUAUUUAAAAGUAUAAAAACAUGAUAUCAAAUUCAUACGUCGAGUAAGUACGAGUUAUCGCAACGAAUUGGGACCUGAAAAUAUCGAUAGCACGAUAUAUCGAUACGACAUCGUACACCCCUAUUUUCAACAUGUCCCUCUUCGCACACCGUAUCGUUAUAAAUUGCAUAUAUGUUCUAUCCCUCGUCAGUAUAGACGUUCAUUAAUUUUUCCAUUGUGAAAUUCAGCUGGUUGACUUAUGCACAUGUUCAAGUGAGGUAUGCCCAUGCAGGGUUAGGCAAAUGACUGCCCUAUCCAUUUCUCUAUCUCUCUCAGUACUUGAUGGGAGCAGGAGGGCGGUGGAUACAGUGGUGAUCACCUAACCCAAUAUUUGGAACACAUCCCUGUCAUUGACACAACGAUAAAAACUCCUGUGCCAUAUUACUCCCCAUCGAAAUUAAUUUCAAUUGCAGCCCCUUGUUAGUGUCGGAAUGAGUGUUGAUGUUGCUUUAUUAUGCGUUUAUCAUCAAGUGUUUCUGCAUCGAAUAAUUCAUUGGGAACAGUUGAUGGAGUGUAAUUUAUGUGCACGAAUCCCAAACAAUUGAAUUCAUUAAUGGGAAUGGCAUGAGUCGCUUUAUAUCGAAGAGUAGCAACAGUAGGUGAACGUCACAACGGAUGACUGCAGUGAGGUGAUAAGGUGACAGAGAAACUGGAAUCAAAAAAGCCAGAGAGGUGAUGCGGGGAUGUGGAGCCGCUUUAAUCCAAUAGGAUGCCUGAAAGGCUGCGGUUUAUACCUGUUUUGUCUUGUCAUCUUAUGCUGGUGUCACAUAAGUGUUGAUGCUAAUUUAACUGAUGCAGCUGUACCAAAUAUUCCCGAAGGUACCGACACAUCGAAAAACCUAUUGCCGGCACCGAGGGAGCGCCAUAAAUGCACCACUCCAACUUCUGACAAUGAUUUGGAUACAGGCUUGUCAGUAGUUAGCAACGAGCCUGGUUAUCCGUUUCCACCAAUAGUGCCUCCAACGUUUCUGAACGGAGCUCUAACUUGCCAGCCCUACCAAGGAAUUUAUGUAAAUCAUAUAUACUUUCAAUUGGCAAAUGCCUUUUUCUUAUUGUCACAUUUAGCUCCAAGUGGUAUACACGGUGUAUUAUAUUUAAGAUGCACAUUACUUGUUGGAUGUGCAUUUUUAACAUUAUGGGGAUGGACAAUAUCGUGCUGGUUGGAUGUAAUCCUCUGGAAUGGAUUAUUCGUUGCUAUUAACUUUGUUCAUGUGUGCGCAUUAUUAUAUCGACUGAGGCCAGUUAAAUUUUCAAGGGAAAUUGAAGAGGUUUAUGCAGCCGUGUUUCAGCCAUUGAGAGUUUCCAGACACCAGUUCAAGAAAGUAUUAAUUUGCAUGAAAACUAUAAGGCAGUUAAAAUACCAAGAAGUAUAUGCACAAGAAAAAGUGACAAAAGUUGAUUCGUUAUCACUCGUAUUGUCUGGAAAGCUAGUCGUGUCACAGAAUGGACGGGCAUUGCACAUUGUCUUCCCCCAUCAAUUUCUCGAUUCUCCCGAGUGGUUUGGGGUUUCAACAGAUGAAUACUUCCAAGUGUCUGUGACAGCAAUGGAGGAGUCUAGGGUACUUCUUUGGCACAGGGAUAAACUUAAGUUAAGUAUGAUGAGUGAUCAAUUUCUGCAGGCUGUGUUCGACCAUAUAUUAGGAAGGGACGUUGUUCAAAAAUUAAUACAGGUAAGCGAAACAAUGGCAGCUACUAGUCAUCAUCCACAGAAUGGUCAAGUUGUUGGGAUUGACGAUAUGAGGCAUAUCGAGAAUGAUCCAGAGACCAAGUUAUUUGUCGUUAAAAAGACAGGCGACAACCAUGGUAUCACAACGCUCAUUACUCGACAACUACAAGAGGAGAGAGUGCCGCUGCUGUAUACGAGUCCUGAUGUGUUGAACAAGGCACUGCAUCACCUAAACCACCUCCACGCGCCUUCUAUACUUCCCAUAAAUCCUGAAAGGCCCAGCAUUAGUUCCUCUCAGUCAGAAACCACAUGUGUCACUCCUUAAAGUUCUAAAUGCAAUUUUCAUAAGACAUUAGUUUCACUGUAAAUUUUACGUGAGUGAUGUUCCAAAUGAAAAAAAAAAUGGAAUAUGGAAAUGAGUUCAACCUCUUUUUUUCUUCGGUCAUAGCAUUCAGGUUUGCAUAGGAUUAGAUACUAUUAUUGUGCAACCGGUGAUCCAAAUGCCUGGCGCUUGGGAAGGAUCGAAGAAACUGAUCACGAAACACCCGUUUGAUGCAUGUAAGGCCAUCAUCAUUCAUAAAUCAGUCAUAUUCAAUGUGACAGCCUUCAGUGGCAUUAAAUGUGUAAAUCGAAACUCAUGCCAAUACUCAUCAUUCGUUGAAGAUUCAUCAGAAGAAGCGUCAAGUGAAGAUAUGAAAUUUUUGUCAAUGUGCUCAGUGAUAAAAGUUAUUUCUAAUAACUAACCCAUUGUGGAAAAACUAAUUCAUUAAUUUAUUUUCAAUGUAGAUGAGGUUUAGUUCAUUGAAUGCCGGAACAAAGUCCUAUUAUUACCAUUGAUUAUGGUUAUACUUCCAAGUUCAUUAAAUUUUACGGUAUGUCUUUAAUGGUUUAAAUUAACUGUUUUCCAAUCAAAUUCUCAUUUGUACUGAAAUAUUUAUAUUACUGAAGAGAUGGAAACCUUGGUAGAAAUUUGGAACUCACUUCUAUUACCUCGAUGCCUAGAUUAUAGAGUGGUUAGUAGAUAUUGCUUGCCUAGCUCGUAAUGGAGAAAAGCAAAAAAAAAACAUAUAUGUAAAAAAUUAUCCUGAGAAAGUUAAUAUCCGGUAUUGUGUUUUGUAAUGACUGUUGAUAUAUAAACUAUUAUAAACAUAGUUCGAAUGUAAAUUAUCAUUCGUUUAAUUGGAAGACGAAGGUCGUAGGAGAAAAAUACAAUUGGAGUCAUGGACAAAUGUAACAUAAGAAUAAAAACAAGAAAUCCUAAUUGGGAAACUAUUUGCGAACUUAUUACCUUUUAUAACCGUACUAGAUUAAUUAAAAAAAAAAAAUUGUUCACGUGGUUUCAUUCGACUUACUUGUGGGAGGAUCAGACGGUGUUGCGAAGCCAUUUCUGAGGGAGGAUUUCCAUCUGGUUCACAGAUGCCAGUAAAAACUAGUAAUAUAGACGCAUUUUUACUUUUAUUUCGGAUAUGAAAUUUCGAAUCCAGUGGGAAACAAGUAACCACAAUUUAUAAGGUACAAUUGAAAAAAAAAAAUCCUGUUCAAAAAACAAAAUUUAUACAUUUAACAAAUCAGAGAGACGCAACAACAAUCACAUUCUUCGAUUGAUUGAAUUAAUUAGAGAUUACUCAUUAUCAGAUUUAUCUCAUUCUCAUUUAUACAUACACAAUUAUGUCUCCGUAUACAAAUAAUUUGUUUUGAUUGCGAUUCACGAGAAUUCUGUUCAUUUUGUGUCCCAAUAGUAUUUCUUAUAUUCUGAGCUAUAAGACAUUUUUUAAUGAAAAAUCAAAUUCCCUACGUAAAAAACAAACAGCCGGUGCAUAGGCAGAAAUGGACAAGUGUUUCAAUUACAGUUUACGUUCUCCUCUGUUACUAUUUUCAUUUUCAUCAUAGGAUUAUUCAUU